GCCCGAACCUAUCUUCAGAUGAAAUGGCCACUGCUUGAUGUCCAGGCGGGGACCCUCCAGAGCAGACAAGCCCUCAAGGAUGCCCGUUCUCCAUCACCGGCACACAUUGUUUCGAACAAAGUGCCGGUUGUACAACACCCCCACCAUGUCCACCCUCUCACGCCUCUUAUCACAUACAGCAAUGAACACUUCACGCUGGGAAACCCACCUCCACACUUACCAGCUGACGUAGACCCCAAAACAGAAGGUCAGCCAGUGUACCCCAUCACGACAGGAGGAUUCCGUUACCCCUACCCCACAGCUCUGACUGUCAACGCUUCCAUGUCCAGGUUCCCUCCCCAUAUGGUCCCACCACAUCAUACUCUACACACAACCGGCAUUCCCCACCCGGCCAUGGUCAUGCCGACAGUCAAACAGGAAUCUUCCCAGAGUGACGUCGGCUCACUCCACAGCGCAAAGCAUCAGGACUCCAAAAAAGAAGAAGAAAAGAAGAAGCCCCACAUAAAGAAACCUCUUAACGCAUUCAUGUUGUAUAUGAAGGAAAUGAGAGCGAAGGUUGUAGCCAAGUGCACACUGAAAGAAAGUGCAGCCAUCAACCAGAUCCUGGGCCGAAGGUGGCAUGCACUGUCCAGAGAAGAGAAAGCGAAAUACUACGAGCUGGCCCGGAAGGAGCAACAGCUUCACAUGCAGCUGUACCCCGGCUGGUCCGCACGGGAUAACUAUGGGAAGAAGAAGAAGAGGAAAAGGGACAAGCAGCCCAGGGAGACCAAUGAACACAGCGAAUGUUUCCUAAAUCCUUGCCUUUCACUUCCUCCGAUUACAGACCUGAGCACUCCUAAGAAAUGCCGAGCGCGCUUUGGCCUUGAUCAACAGAAUAACUGGUGCGGCCCUUGCAGGAGAAAAAAAAAGUGCGUUCGCUACAUACAAGGUGAAGGCAGCUGCCUCAGUCCACCCUCUUCAGAUGGAAGCUUACUAGACUCGCCUCCUUCCUCCCUGAACCUGCUAGGCUCUCCUCCCCAAGACGCCAAGUCACAGACUGAGCAGACCCAGCCUCUCUCGCUGUCCCUGAAGCCCGACCCCCUGCCCACCUGCCCAUGAUGCCUCCGCCGCCGGCCCUCCUGCUUUCCGAGGCCGCCCACAGCAAGGCCCCUGCCCUCUGUGCCAACGGGGCCCUGGACCUGCCUCCCGUCAUCCCUCCCUCAUCUCUGGCGCAGCCGUCGACAUCUUCCUUACA